AUGUCAUUUUCUAAACCAAAUCUUAAGUUUCCUGUGUACGAUCUCAGCUAGCUCUGCGGCUGACUCGAACAAACUCGACUUCUUUCCAUAGCCUUUCGUGAUGAAAGGCUGUAAAUUAGAGCAUUAAAUUUGCAAAAUUGCACUCCCACAAGCUGAAGGAUAUUUCUGUGAUCUAAUCGCUUGAACCUUAACGAAGGUGCAGAUAUUCGGGGCCAUGUGGUCUACAACCAUGUCAAUGCGUGUGUACGCACUUGCAUGUGGACAUGGUAAAGUACCUUACCGCACAGGGAAAGAUUUGCGACGGGCGACCCUCUUCGUCAGAAGUCUACAAAGGUUUUGUGACCGAGUUCCCUGAUAGCGGGACCACAGCAUUGAUCAGGCAGAGGAUGGCUUCCUCAACACAGACAAGGAGCGAUACCUCACUGGAUGUCAAUGUGGAAAACAUUGAAAAGGCUAUCCAUCAGCUGUACUAUGACCCCCACCCCGGGGUGAAGAACUCGGCCCAGCGCUGGCUGCUAGUGGCCCAGAGAUCCCAGCAUGCCUGGCAGUUCUCAUGGACCUUACUCAGCCCGGACAAGGCAACUGAAGUGCAGUAUUUUGGAGCGAGCGCUCUUCACACAAAGAUUUCAAGAUACUGGGCGGAGGUGCACCCGGAGCAGUACGACAUUCUACGCACGCAGUUGUUCAGGCAGAUCUUUGCUUUCGGCACGGGCGCCCGGAUAGUCUUGACCCGUUUGUGCGUGGCGUUGUCAUCCUUUGCUCUGAACACAAUGCCAGAGGUGUGGCCAGAUGCUGUCAAAGGAAUCAUAGAUACCUUCCAACAGACAGACAUACCACAGCUAGAUGCAACUCACAGAUGUACAGCUCUGUUGGAGCUCCUGACAGUCCUACCAGAGGAGUUCCACACAUCCCCGCUUCCCCAGGCCAGGCGAGGAACCGUCCGACAUGAAUUAGAAAACGGCCUUCAACAUGUCUUGCCUCUGAUUAAGACCCUCUUGGAGCAGCAAGAUUCCCCUGAUGCGGUCCGUCUCCAGGCCCUCAAGUGUUUCUCCAGCUGGGUGCAGUUGAACGUGCCCCUGCCGGACAUCGACCCUAUCACCGAGAUGCUCUUUCAGCUGCUGCUCAACCAUGACCUCUUUGAUCUGUGCAUUGACUCAUUGAUCAGUGUGGUCUGCCAGCCUGUCGCGUACAAGUAUCCACUUUCAGUCCGGAAAGUCAUCAAACAAGUCUUACAACUGCAGGACCACUUGUCAACCGCUGUGCAAGACAAGGACAUGGAUGUAGUCCAAGGCAUCUGUCGGCUAGCGGUCUCCCUCGGGGAGAACAACUCCAAGAUCCUUCUGGAGUCGGAAGGGGAGGACAGGCAGCACGCUGUGGAGUUCACCAACCUCAUCAUUGGUUUCACAGCUCUACCCGGUCAUUACCCUGUGGACGAGACGAUAAGUAAUAUACCGUUUGGCUUCUGGUACAUUCUGCAGGAUGACAUAGUUUCGUCGGACCAAGAGGAGUUUCAGGAGUACGUGCGCGUCUUCGCUCCGGUCUACAUGCACCUAGUCGAAGUCAUGCUGACAAAAGUGCAGUAUCCACCCGACGAGGAGUACAGCAGCUGGAAUGCAGAAGAAAAAGAGCAUUUCCGAUGUUACAGACAGGACAUAGGAGACACACUGAUGUACUGCUACACUCUCCUGAGGGAGCCCCUUUUAAAUCAUCUCUAUGCAAUACUGAGCAGAAUACAAGAACAACAACUGCCAUGGCAGCAAGUGGAGGCGUGUCUGUUUGCGUUCCGCUCCAUCGCGGAGGGAGGCGACUACGGUGAUGACCAGUGCGUGUCGGACCUACUCAGACUACUAUCUCAAGUCAACAUGUCUCAUACCACGCUGGCAUCCACUGCCUUAUACAUGCUAGGUGCCUAUUCUGAGUGGCUAGCUGAUACACCCGAGGCCUUAAGAACUGUAAUACCAGUCCUUCUAACCGGUUUGAAUGACCCUGAACUAGCAGCACCUGCCACCAUGUCCCUUAAAGACAUCUGCUUUGAGUGCCGGAAAGAGAUGAAGCCAUACGCUGAGACAAUCCUGAACGCUAGCCAGGAAGUACUCAGGAGAAACACUAUCAAGGCCAGGGAGAGUGUGCGACUCAUGUCCAUCGUUGGCUUUGUCCUGUCAACGCUUUCCUUACAAGAAAUCCUCAGCUACUUACAGCUAAUACUAGCUCCACAGCUGCAGAUAUUAGAAAGUGCAAUAAACGAACAGCCCACCCCUAUCACCAAGUCGACCAUCCUUCUCAAGAUCAACAUGCUGUCCAAUCUCUGUUCGACCCUUGACCUGAAGCGGCCGGACCGGACCGAGCAGGAGGAGGAGUCAAUAGCAGCCAAGAGGGCGGCGCCGGCCCAGGACGAACCCCAGCCGGUGUUCCUAAUCCUGCAGCAGACGUUGCCGAUCCUGCAGAACCUUCUCAGUGUCUGGAUAUCUGACGUGGGCGUGGUCGAAGCAGUCUGCGAGUUGCUAAGGAGAGCCAGUCGGACGCUGCUUGACGAUCUUCAGCCAAUGAUACCCCAGCUGGCCGAGCUUGUCGCCACAAUUUACAAUGCUCUGCCACAGUCGGCCAUCUUGGAUCUAGCCCGACAGAUUAUUAUUCUGUUUGGCGACAGCAAAGAUGUCUGCUCUGCUGUGGGCGCCAUGUUUGUUGAGCUCUGCUCCAAAACAGUCAGUCUCUUUCCAGCACGGGCCAGAGAGCAGACGGAUGUUGUAGAAACAUUCAUGGCUGUCUGUUCAAUCCUACUGAAGAAGCAGAGCCGUGUGUUUGUUCGUGAGGGUUGCAAUCCGGCGGCCAUUUUCCAGUGUGGCCUGAUGGCCAUUACAUUACCAGAGAAUCCCACGGUCAAAAGCACCUGCAACUUCUUUAUGUCAUUUAUUGCCCAGUCGGAUAAUCUCCCAGCCCUGGGUGAGGCUCUGACGCAGCAUGGCCGAUCCUUGCUGGAGUUGGUUCUCAAGGCCAUCGGCGGAGCAGCCCCGCGCACGGUCAUCGAGUCGCUGGCCGACGUUCUCUUCAUGCUCAACAAGCAUUGCUUCAGCCAGCUGACCAGCUGGCUGCCAGAGAUGGUCCUCAGCCCAGACCUCAACCUCCCCCGCGUCACCAAGGACCAACGGGAGCAGUUUGCCAAGACCAUACUCAGAAAUCGCGCUCACAAGCGGCAGAUACGCGACGUGGUGUCAGAGUUCAGCCUGAUGUGCCGUGGCCUUCAUGGCACGGAGUACGCGGAAUAUUGACUAAAAUGUGCAAACUGGAUCAAGAACAGCGAAUUCUCGGCGGCCGACAUCCUGGGGCUGUGAGACAGUUUCCGAGUUUUCUGGACGAGUCGAGUCACGAGUCAAGACGGGAAAACGCUCGCUUCAAGUGAGUGGACACUCAAAAACACUAUGAAA